AUGUCUUUAUUAGAAUCCUCGACAACUGCGAUAAUCAGUACCGGUACACAGACAACAACAAGUACAACAACAACCAGUUCAGCUGAAAACAUACCCACUUGCCAGUUGAAAUUUCAACGAAUAGUAAUACAUGGUGUGAAUUCCUCUAAUAUUGUAAUACGACAACCAGCCAUUGUUGCUGAUUUCAAUAAUGACAAUCGACUUGAUCUCGUUUUUCUCUAUACAAAGCCAAAUGCUGUGAAUGUAUUGCUCGGAAAUGGGAACGGAACGUUUAUAGUACAGUGGGUGUUACUGCAAGGAAGCCUUAAUGUUUUGAGUAGCAUUACUUCUGGUGAUUUAAACAAUGAUAAGAUACUUGAUCUCGCUUUUGUCGAUCAAUAUGCAAACACUGUGAAUAUUGUAUUCGGGAAUGGAAACGGAACUUUUGGAUCAGUAAAGACUUUAUCAGUAGGAAAUGGUAGUUUUUUGCAAGGAAUUACUGUAGCUGAUUUCAAUGGUGACACUUACUUGGAUAUUGCUGUUGCUAACGAAUACCAAAAUAAUGUUCGUGUGUUUUUUGGAGAUGGUAAACAAACCUUUAUAGCACAAACGACAUUAUAUACUGGACGUAGCAGUUGGCCGAAUGCGAUCGCUGCUGCAGACUUUAACAGUGAUGGUUAUAAAGAUAUUGCUGUUGUCAAUUAUUAUGCUAGAAAUGUCGGUAUAUUUCUCGCGUAUGGUAAUGGAUCUUUUCAAGCACAGCAGACGUCUUUCACCGGUGGUUAUUACAAUCCAGUAGCUUUCAAUGUUGCUGAUUUCAAUAGUGACGGUCGAUUCGACGUCGCUGUAUUAUAUGGUUCUGAUAAUUCGAUAGGUGUAUUAUUUGGAUUAGGUAAUGGUACUUUGGGUUCGACAGCAAAGUUUGUCCUAGGAGAUAAACUAAUAACAACAGAAGUUGCCGUCGGUGAUUUUAAUGGUGAUGGUUACCUGGAUAUUAGUGGUAGUACGGGUAAUUACACGAUAGUUGUCUUAGUUGGGAAUAAGAAUGGAAACUUUGAGCAGCAAGUAAUACCGACGUUUGAUGACUAUGAUCUUCCGAUACCAUCUGCUGCCGGGGACUUUAAUGGUGAUGGUUAUCAAGACAUAGUCAGUAUGGACCAAUGGGAGGGAUUUUUAUAUAUACUCUUGAAUACAGGUCAAUGCUAUCCAAAUAAGACUCUUGACACAAGUACACCCAUCCACCAAUGA